AUGCCAAGGGGGAUUGGGAAGUUGACUAAUCUGCAAAUGCUAGGUGCAUUUGCGGUGGGGAAGGAUUCGAUUCGAGAUGCUGCUGCAGGGUUGAAUGAGUUGAGCAAACUUACUGGAUUGAGGAAAGAAUUAACUAUCCGAUGCUUGGAAAGAAUUGUUCCGAGCGGGCUGGGAGCUUCCUUCUCAAUUGAGAAGUUAGCUCUCCAAUCACUGACGCUGAGCUGGCACCUUUUACAAGCUACGGAGGCUGAUGCAGUAGAAGUUUUAGAAAGAUUUCGGCCCCAUCCAGAUCUAAAGAAAUUGUCAAUACAAGGAUACCAUGGUGUCCGGCCUUCAUCCUGGAUUUCUCAACUUCAUAAACUAGUCGAAAUUAGGUUUUUUGAUUGUGAGAAGUGCGUGCGUCUACCACCUCUAGACCAGCUGCCUUCACUCAAAGGAAUCCACUUAAGUUAUUUGAGUAAUUUUCAGUGGAUAAAAUUGUCGGAGAGUGAGAGUGGGACGCCGCAGUCUAAUUCCUUUCCAUCCUUGGAAGAAAUAUGGCUGGAGAGUUUGCCUAAAUUUAGGGGAUGGGAGAGGAGCAGGAGCAGCAGUAGAAUUGAACAAGAGGAAGAAGCUACUGAGGAGGAUGAUGAUGAUUCUUUAUUGAUGCUCCCCGUGUUCUCUGACAAGGUCAAGGUCACCAGAUUGCGAUGCCGAAGAUUCUCAUACAUGCAGGGUCAAGAGCUGCCAUCGUCGUCGAGGAUGAUGGCCAGGUUGAUCUCCCCAUCUUCUAUAUCUCUCCUCGCACCGACCGGCCUCACGAUUUCUGAAGUGGAGGACUUAGAGCACUUACCGGAGUUGCUUCAGUCCCUCCCGUCUCUCCAGUCUCUUGCAAUCAUGGAUUGCCCUCUCUUGAAAGCUCCCCCUGUGUGGGCGAUCCUCCGAUGCCUAACUGCCCUCGAGUCGUUGGGGAUAUAUCGCUGUCGUGAUCUUGACUUAUCAACCGGGGAGUCAGGAUAUCAAGAAGACAUGCCUGAAGGACCAGCUUAUAAACUCCGAGAGUUGGAAUUCUUGCGGAUUGAUAAAAUGGAGACUCUCCCAUGGUGGAUUCAGCACCUCACCAACCUCGAAAGCUUAAAAAUCAGAUCUUGCUGGAAUCUGAAGGCUUUUCCCGAGUGGUUUCCACAGCUUACCUCACUCAAACGUCUUGAGAUUUCUAAUUCCGGGGAAAAGCUGAGAAGAAGGUGCAGAAGGGACAUCGGAGAGGACUGGCCUAAGAUUUCUCACAUCCCGGACAUAGAUGGGGGCAGGGGCUGGGCUCCAUAG